AUGGAUUCCCUCACCACCCACCCCGCGACUGCUGCCCAGGCCAAGGUCUUCACCGCGCCGGGCAGCCUGUCCUUUCCGGGCGGUGCUGGCGACCUGACUCCUCCCUCGUCCGAGAAAGAUGUCCAGCAGAACCAGAACGGCGCGAACGGCAAUGGGGUGAUGCCCGCUACGCCUGCUGCGACUCCAGGUGCCGCCAACGGUGUCUCCGGCAUUGUUCCCACGCUGCAGAACAUUGUGGCCACCGUCAACCUCGACUGUCGCCUUGACCUCAAGACGAUCGCGCUGCACGCUCGCAAUGCGGAGUACAACCCUAAGCGUUUCGCGGCCGUCAUUAUGCGUAUCCGCGAACCCAAGACUACGGCUCUGAUCUUCGCCUCGGGCAAGAUGGUCGUGACCGGCGCCAAGUCUGAGGACGACUCCAAGCUUGCCUCGCGCAAAUACGCCCGUAUCAUCCAGAAGCUCGGCUUCAACGCCAAGUUCACGGACUUCAAGAUCCAGAACAUCGUUGGUUCCUGCGACAUCAAGUUCCCCAUUCGUCUUGAGGGUCUGGCCAGCCGCCAUCACAACUUCAGCUCCUACGAGCCUGAGUUGUUCCCCGGUCUCAUCUACCGCAUGAUGAAGCCCAAGAUUGUGCUCUUGAUCUUCGUCUCGGGCAAGAUCGUCCUGACUGGUGCCAAGGUGCGCGAGGAGAUCUACCAAGCCUUCGAGCUGAUCUACCCCGUCUUGUCUGACUUCCGUAAGUCUUGA